AUGACUAUCAAAAUCAAAGGACUGCUCAUCCUCCUCAUCAUUCUUCACAGAGGACAGAGCUGUGGUCACAGAGCUGUGGUCACAGAUGACAGAGCUGUGGUCACAGAGCUGUGGUCACAGAGGACAGAGCUGUGGUCACAGAGCUGUGGUCACAGAGCUGUGGUCACAGAGGACAGAGCUGUGGUCACAGAGCUGUGGUCACAGAGCUGUGGUCACAGAGCUGUGGUCACAGAGCUGUGGUCACAGAUGACAGAGCUGUGGUCACAGAGCUGUGGUCACAGAGCUGUGGUCACAGAGCUGUGGUCACAGAGGACAGAGCUGUGGUCACAGAGCUGUGGUCACAGAGCUGUGGUCACAGAGCUGUGGUCACAGAGGACAGAGCUGUGGUCACAGAGCUGUGGUCACAGGACAGAGCUGUGGUCACAGAGGACAGAGCUGUGGUCACAGAGGACAGAGCUGUGGUCACAGAGCUGUGGUCACAGAGCUGUGGUCACAGAGCUGUGGUCACAGAGGACAGAGCUGUGGUCACAGAGCUGUGGUCACAGAGCUGUGGUCACAGAGGACAGAGCUGUGGUCACAGAUGACAGAGCUGUGGUCACAGAUGACAGAGCUGUGGUCACAGAUGACAGAGCUGUGGUCACAGAGGACAGAGCUGUGGUCACAGAGGACAGAGCUGUGGUCACAGAGCUGUGGUCACAGAUGACAGAGCUGUGGUCACAGAGCUGUGGUCACAGAGGACAGAGCUGUGGUCACAGAGCUGUGGUCACAGAGCUGUGGUCACAGAGCUGUGGUCACAGAGGACAGAGCUGUGGUCACAGAGCUGUGGUCACAGAGGACAGAGCUGUGGUCACAGAGCUGUGGUCACAGAGCUGUGGUCACAGAGCUGUGGUCACAGAGGACAGAGCUGUGGUCACAGAGUCACAGGACAGAGCUGUGGUCACAGAGGACAGAGCUGUGGUCACAGAGCUGUGGUCACAGAGGACAGAGCUGUGGUCACAGAGGACAGAGCUGUGGUCACAGAGGACAGAGCUGUGGUCACAGAGGACAGAGCUGUGGUCACAGAGCUGUGGUCACAGAGGACAGAGCUGUGGUCACAGAGGACAGAGCUGUGGUCACAGAGGACAGAGCUGUGAGCUGUGGUCACAGAGGACAGAGCUGUGGUCACAGAGCUGUGGUCACAGAGCUGUGGUCACAGAGGACAGAGCUGUGGUCACAGAUGACAGAGCUGUGGUCACAGAGGACAGAGCUGUGGUCACAGAUGACAGAGCUGUGGUCACAGAGGACAGAGCUGUGGUCACAGAUGACAGAGCUGUGGUCACAGAGGACAGAGCUGUGGUCACAGAUGACAGAGCUGUGGUCACAGAUGACAGAGCUGUGGUCACAGAUGACAGAGCUGUGGUCACAGAGGACAGAGCUGUGGUCACAGAUGACAGAGCUGUGGUCACAGAUGACAGAGCUGUGGUCACAGAGGCCGCGAUGGACUGGAACGAGCUUCAGAACCGUGUUCUCUCCCAACAAAGGGACUUGGAGAAAGCGUACCGCGACGCCCAGGCUGCCAGGGUCAUGGAGGUGCAGAAGGCCCAGGACCUGCACAUGGCUCGGGUGCGUCGUCAGGCCGAUCAGCUGCUGGAUCAACAAAGGGCACGAGCCGACGCAGUGAUGCACAGGACGAGGGAGAGGUCUGUCGACAGCUGCAGCUCAGAGGUGUCCAGACACUCCCCCUGGACACGUCCCUUCAGCCCUCCACCAUCACCAACACCAAGUGAUGGGUACGACAGCUGCUGUUCGGACGAGCUGAGCGUGUCAUGGACUCGUCACAGCAGCAGUUCAUCAGCAGGCAGCAGUUCAUCAGCAGGCAGCAGUUCAUCAGCAGGCAGCAGUUCAUCAGCAGGCAGCCGCACCCCAGAGGAGCUGAGGGCGUCAUGGACUCGUCACAGCAGCAGUUCAUCAGCAGGCAGCAGUUCAUCAGCAGGCAGCCGCACCCCAGAGGAGCUGAGGGCGUCAUGGACUAGUCACAGCAGCAGUUCAUCAGCAGGCAGCAGUUCAUCAGCAGGCAGCUGCACCCCAGAGGAGCUGAGGGCGUCAUGGACUAGUCACAGCAGCAGUUCAUCAGCAGGCAGCAGUUCAUCAGCAGGCAGCCGCACCCCAGAGGAGCUGAGGGCGUCAUGGACUAGUCACAGCAGCAGUUCAUCAGCAGGCAGCCGCACCCCAGAGGAGCUGAGGGCGUCAUGGACUAGUCACAGCAGCAGUUCAUCAGCAGGCAGCAGUUCAUCAGCAGACAGCUGCACCCCAGAGGAGCUGAGGGGACUACUGUCACUGUCCUGGGCCCAAAAAUAUCAAUUACCUCUACUACCUCCACGCCGCACUGUGUCUGAGAGCCUUAGACCCGACAGCAAGACCCCAGAGGAGCUGAGGAGACUGCCGCCCUCGACCCCAAGUCCACCUCCUCACAAAACACGUCUCCCUCAAGGAAGGGGAUCUUUCAUUCCCAGACUCAUCACAGACAGAGAAGUUAAACGUGUGGCAGACGGGCAGAAGGUGUUCACUGCCAGGAAACAGGUGGAGGAAGUGAUGGAGGAAUUCAAGCGGAUUCAGAGACGCAGCCUUCACCUGACAGUCCCACGCAGGAGAGCGGUCGGACACAUGCUGCAUCAGCUCAUGGAGGGCCUGAUGCAGACUCUCCGGAGAUUCCAAAGCUCCCGCCACCACCGGAGAGUUGCUCCUGCUCCAAUCAGUCCGGUGUUUGUCCCACGGCCCCCGACCACACCGGCCCCGAAGUCCCGCCGCCGAUUCCACCUAACUCCUGUCCGCAGAGGAGUCCCGUUGAGACACUGGCUCCAUGUCAACGGAACAGCUCUCAAAAUACCUGAUGUGGACCGGCAACAAUAA